GCUCAGCAGCAGCUGCCAGGAGCCCUGAGUCAGAUGUGCAGGCCUCAGGCCUGUGUGCAGUGCUGUGGCAGGGACAGGGUUAAGCUGGCUGUCAUUGUGUAAGGCAGCAGGGAGGGCGGGAUCAUCUGUGGCCCCGCCUCCUCCUAAUCCCUGCACUGACCAGCUGGGACAUACAAUAGCACAGACAGGGCCCCCAGCAACAAGCAGCUGAGACCCCCGACCCCAAGACACACAGCAGAGGGUCCACAGGAUGCGAUGACAAGAGGAGCCGCAGCAGCCUGGCACAAGCUGAGCCGGAGCGGGCGAUGUCUUGAGAAUGGAGCCGCAGGAGCAAUUCCGAGAGUAUCAGAGGUUAGAGGACUUUGAGGAGGACUCACCGCCGGGAGAGGAGGACUUACUGGUGCACGUCCCGGAAGCCGUAAAAGAUUCCUGGCAUCACAUUAAGAACUUGGAUAACUUCUUUGCCAAGAUUUACCAUUUCCACCAGAAGAAUGGCUUCGCCUGCAUGGUGCUCUCCGACUUCUUCGAACUUGUCCAGUUCCUGUUCGUUGUUACUUUCACCACUUUCCUGUUUCAUUGUGUGGAAUACGAUGUCCUCUUUGCCAAUAAACCCGUCAACCACACACACUCGGGGGUCAAUCCUGACCGAAACAAGGUGACCCUGACUGAUGCCAUUUUGCCUGCCCAGCAAUGUGCCCUCAGGAUCCAGGAGAGCGGCUGGAUCAUCUUCCUUCUGGUCAUGGCGGCCAUAUUCUGGCUUUACCGUCUGGUCAAGAUGUUCUGUAAUCUGCUGAGUUACUGGGAGAUUAGAAAGUUCUACAUCCGAGCCCUGAAAAUCCCCUCGGACGAGUUGUGUAACUUUUCGUGGCAGGAAGUCCAGGCCCGUCUCAUCUCCUUACAGAGAGAGCAGCCCAUGUGCGUCCACAAGAAGGAGCUGACCGAGCUGGACAUCUACCACCGCAUCCUACGCUUCAAGAACUACAUGGUGGCCAUGAUCAACAAGAGCCUCCUCCCCGUCUGUUUCCACCUCCCUCUGGUCGGGGAGGUCACGUUCCUCAGCCAGGGCCUCAAGUACAACCUGGAGCUUCUCUUCUUCUGGGGCCCUGGAUCUCUGUUCCAGAACAAAUGGAACCUGCAGCCAAAGUACAAACGUCCGGGGCAGAGGCUGGAGCUGGCCCAGGAGCUGAGCCGCACCAUCGUCCUCCUCGGGCUGGCCAACCUCUUCCUGUGCCCCUUUAUACUGGUCUGGCAGAUCCUUUACGCCUUCUUUAGUUACACCGAAGUCAUCAAGAGGGAGCCGGGCAGUCUGGGUGCCAGGCGUUGGUCGCUGUACGGACGUCUUUACCUGCGCCAUUUCAACGAGCUGACGCACGAGCUCCAGGCGCGGCUGAGUCGCGGGUAUAAGCCGGCUACAAAGUACAUGAACUCCUUUGCUUCACCCCUGUUGGCCAUUGCGGCCAAGAACAUAGGCUUCUUCGCGGGGUCCCUGCUGGCCGUCCUCAUUGCACUGACCGUGUACGAUGAAGAUGUGUUAACCGUGCAGCACAUACUGACCGCCAUUACUGUCCUCGGGGUGUUGGUCACUGUAGCCAGGUCAUUCAUCCCUGAUGAGCACAUGGUGUGGUGCCCGGAGCAGCUCCUGCAGUGCGUCCUCGCCCAUAUACACUACAUGCCUGACCACUGGCAGGGGCACGCUCAUAAGUCUGAGACCCGCGAUGAGUUGGCACAGCUCUUCCAGUAUAAGGCGGUCUUCAUCCUAGAAGAACUUCUCAGCCCGAUCAUCACCCCGUUCAUCCUGAUCUUCUCCCUGCGUCACAAAUCCCUGGAGAUUAUCGAUUUCUUCCGGAACUUCUCUGUGGAGGUCGUGGGGGUCGGGGACAUCUGCUCUUUUGCUCAGAUGGACAUCAGGAAACAUGGAAACCCACAGUGGAUGUCGGAGGGGCAGACUCAGGCCUCCGUGUACCAGCAGGCCGAGAAUGGCAAGACGGAGCUGUCUUUGAUGCAUUUUGCGAUCACGAACCCUCAGUGGCACCCCCCGCUGGAGAGUUCCGUCUUCAUCGGCCACGUUAAAGAGAAGGUUCAACAGGACGCGGCCGGUGCCCCCUCUGCCCAGCAGAUUCUGUGCGACGCCCCCAUCUGCAGCUCCAUCCUGUCCAAUGAGUCCGGCACCGCGCCUGAUAAUUUGUUGGCCAGUGUCCUGGUACAUCCGUUCCUAACUGCCAGUGGAUUACCCACUAGAGACCGCCGCUUCGCUCAGCCCACUACCACGGCAUCUGCCGCUGCCAGCGUCCUGGCGUCUCUGUCCGCAUCGCAGAUCUCCAGUCGACCACAGGGGAUGCACUCCAAUACUUCACUGUACAACAGCGAGCGGACCGUCCUACAGCAGAGCUCCAUGUCUCCGAGUGACUCCCAGAUCCAGAGUAUCUCCCGCUCGUCCUUGCUGACCUCAGAGUUUGCAUCGGCCGAGAUGAGUUUACAUGCUAUUUACAUGCACGAGGUUCACCAGAAUCAGGGCUCGGCGCAGCAACCUCUAGGCAUGUGGCAGGCGGCAGACAUGUCACCGCAUCAGAAGCAACCGCCAGGCAGCAGGUCCGGCCAUCGCUCUGGGUACAGGGGUCUGCAUCUCGGAGGCUGGGAGGAGGAGGAGCAGGAGGCAGAAGAGAGGACCCCCCUGCAGUCAGUGACCUCCGCACACAGCACAAGCAGCAGCGCCAGCAGUUAGCACACGAGACUGUCCCUAUAUCAGAUGACCUUCUCGGGACCUGUUCACACACUCUCGGGAUUUGCAGACAUUUGUCCAUGGGAUGGAGUUUUCGGGUCGCUCCCCCCCUUCACCUGACGUCAUUGACUUCAAAAGAUAUUGGUGUGUGCUUGGCUUCAAUGACAGCUGAUGGGGCGGAUUUUGUGAUAUACGCUGUAGAUUAUGGGGCCCCAGGUCCCUCUUCCUCCUCCUUAAAGGAGCAGCGUCUGUAUUAAUGUCAGUGACUUGAAUAAGCUACUCGCCGUUUGUAUCAGGAGAUUUCCUUACAGUGUUAUAAUCUAUUGUCCCCAAGAAUCUCAUUGACUUCAGUGACUUGUGGUCAACCAGCAGGACAGCGCCCUCUAGAGGCCGCCUGGUCCGGUCAGGGCCACCUGUGGUUCACCUCUGGGUGCUCUGCAUUGGUUUCUCCACCUAGAUGGUUGUUGUAACACUACUCAUCACUAAAGGCGUGCACAGCACUCCGCCAUCGACGAUGACAUCACAUCUGGUAGGUGGUGCUAAAUCCCAAUGGCGGAUGCCAGGACAUGCGUUUCAGAAGUGCCUUUUGUACUGGGGCGAGCUGCCUGUCCGGGGCAGAGGACCCACCUUUAUAUUUUAGCAAUGCUGCGCCAAACACAUUUCACGUGCUGCUCUCAUCAAUGCCUCCAGGGGGAGUCAUCCCCUGCUCAAUGGACACCAUGAACUGCACCAGCCCACUGGCUGAUCCAUUAUAACUACAAAUGGAAAUGACUCCCCUCCUUAGUUUUUUUGUUUUAAAUUAAAAGGGGGUCUCCAUGAAAAUAGAUGCCAGCCUCCAUGGACUUAGGACUUGUGCUGCCUGCCUAUUAGAAUAACAGUAAGUUUGUAACAUUUUUAUCUGAUCAGGACUUAAAAGGUACAAAAACUCCAGCCCAGGAUCCGCAGGGGCCGGACUUUUCAAUACCAUAUAUGGUAAGGGGCGUGGCAGAGUCUUGUAACACUAUUAUACUAAUGCCAGGGUUGGUUGCUACUGCUGCUCAGGAAGUGAGGUGUGCAAAGGGAAAUGUCUCCUCCUCGUGUCUUGUAUAUGGCCUGUAAGGAACGUCUUAUCAUUGCAGGUGGCUCCAGGUGGACAUCCUUAUUAUUGGUCUCUGCCUCUAUGAGGCUGGCGCCCCCAACAGGCGACUCUGGCCAUUCUGUAACCAAUCAGGUAGGAAGGAGAAUGUUUAGUACGUAGAGCAGUGUUCCCCUACCUAUGACUAAACUACAGCUACCAGCAUGCCCAAGCAGACGUUUAGUUUUCCAGGGCAUGCUGGGAGUUGUAGUUUCACUACAGGUUGGAGAUCAUGGACUUAAAAUAUCGUACAGGUAAACAAUCAGGUGCUUUAUGGGAUGUAUGGUGGUGUCCUGGUCAAUAGGUCUGCCCACCUGUAUAGAGCAGGUGACGACAUCCAUAUCUUAUACGCUGCUUGCACUUGCCUCGGAGGGAACCUUUAUGGAUCUGCUACCCUGAUGCCAGUGCCAAGCUGUGCCCAUGGAUUAGGAGGCAGUGGCAGCUGACCACAGAUACACUGCAGGCGCAGGCUACGGCAUGGCUAAUUUUGCAAUAAAUGUUUACAUCCUUGUAGAUAAUGGCAUCUGUGUGUUUCUUCUUUCAUCCUAUUGCUGGCACUGGUGGCAGGGUGACCUCUGGGUGGCACAAGAAAUAAGCGGCUACCAGACACUUGCAACGUUUUAGACAGCAGAACUGGGGCAAGAGUUGACAUGAUGCAGCGGUGUCUGUGUACCACUGUUUCUUACCCUUAUUGUGUUGGGAAACCUUCCUUGUACAGCUAACAUGAAACAAGCAGUGAACAUGAGAAGUGGCGCCGCUGGUCUGCACUAAAUAUAGUGUGUAUGGGGGCAUCUAGACACAUAAUAUGUUGGUGCCAUAUAAAUAAAAUGAUUAUAAUCCAACUCACGGUGCUGAUAAUAAAACAUAUUCACUCUUUAUUAAUGAGUAUGAGACAAUAUGAGGAAUAAAGAAUCUGCAUCAUUAUCACACACAAUGAUAUGUACAAGAACGCUGCUGUGGCGCCCCCUGUAUCAAAACUGGAGGGAAAAAUAAAAUUCACCUUUUUAUCCAAUCUGCAUCGAGAGAAAGCAGCGGUUUCCAUAAGGCACGGAGUGUCUCCAGCCUCUGCAACGUUACAGCUACUGAAAGCCGCCAUAUAUAUAUAUAGACCAGAGUAUUCCUACCGCAGUGUCCCUAGAUGUUGCAAAACUACAACUCCCAGCAUGCCC